UUUAUUGCGGUGACUCUAUAAACCAAAGAAAACGAAACAAAACGCAUCGCGUAUCAAGCAACGUCUCUUCAUCCUCCACCUUCACCACAAUGCUCUGUUCCCGAUUCUGCGUCCGUACGAUCCCCGGCGUUGCCACCGUCGCCGAUCACGGCAAUGCCACUCGCUGUUCCUCCACCUGCCUCCCUCACUCCUCCCUCGCAAUGGACCUCUCCCCUCUCCUCCACCACGCUCCUUCCCUCCGAACAAGCCGCCUCCGAUGCCGCAAAUCGGUCCUCAUUUCAUGCGAUUCCUCGCGUGGACCCUCCCGCACCAGAUCCAGCUUCGGCGAUCAUCACGAUGACUAUCUCGAAGCUUCUCUUCUUCUCUCUGAAACAAUUUCACACUAUCAUAUGUGGAGGCAUCGGUCUCAAGAAGAGUUACAAUGGAAAUCCUCUACACCAUCAAUUCCCAUAGCUGUCCAAGGAAGAAAUUUGAGAUCAGAUAAUAAUUUGAUGAGACAAAGCUUUCUACAGCGUUUCCAGAAUCCAACCAUUUUUCUCAAGAUUUCUUGUGAUGGAGACUAUAUUCUGCCCAUUGUUGUAGGAAAGGUCGCUAUUGAAAAACUAAUUGAUCCUGAAGUUGAAGAAAAUGGGGUUUGUCCAGACCAGUUCCAGUUGGCAAAAAACGUGGUUGAAAGACUAGACCAUGAAGUGAUAAUGGUGAGGAUUACAGAGAGAGUGGUCAGUACUUAUUUUGCCAGAGUGUACCUUAGCCAGCCAGGGAAAAGCAAUAUUAUUAGUGUGGAUGCACGGCCCUCUGAUGCCAUUAAUAUUGCAAAUAGAUGCAAGGCCCCAAUAUAUGUUAGUAAACAAAUUGUCUUAGCAGAUGCUAUCAGGCUUGGUUAUGGAAUGGGCAGAGCGCAUAACAAAAGACCUACUUAUGAUGUAGUACUUGACAGUGCUGUAGAUGGUCCUGAUUUAGUAGCUGAAGAACUUAGUAUGAUGAAUAACAUGCAUAUAGCUAUCAAACAUGAAAGAUUUGAAGAUGCUGCUAUAUGGAGAGAUAAACUUGCAAAUCUUCGUAAAUCAAAACAUGAACACUAACUGGCUCGUUAGGAUAACUUGUGAGGAAGAGAAUGCAUCUUCUCCUAAUUUUUCAACAGGAAGAAUAUAUUAUUGAGGCAUAAGAUACACAAAAAUGAAGGAAAACUGGAAAAAGUAUGAUAUGUAUAGUUGUGAAUUAUAGUCAUCAACCCGUGUUAAUGUAUAUAAAAUGUAUUGAAAUUCCGCUUCUACGAAUACUCAGAGUUGCAAUGUUGGCUACGAAUUCCUUCACAUCAGUGAAAGGAAGUGUGGAAUUGAUAUCUGGUGAUGAGUACAUAAUAUCUUUCUUGAUCUUGAGUAUUUAA